CUUAUGGCAAAUAAAGUUGGGGCCACUUAGGUUUAUGAAACAUAACCCAUGAAACUCUACGAUGAGAAUGUUGAAAAUAAUGGAGUGAUUGCUCCUUAUAAUCUAUGUCCAAAAGGAGUGUACAUUUUGAAUAUGUGCACCACAAUUGCUAACUCAUUUUUAUUGUCAAGUAUCAAUAUAUCUGUAUGUCUCUCAAAAGCAUCGGGAUAAGUGUAUUCUUGGGGAAACAACUGCGAAGAAUUGGGUAGGACGUGUGCUACUUAAGCAGAGGCUUCAAGACCUGGCAUUGUUUCUUUUCAAACAAAAAUUAUGUAAAUUUGUUCUGGGAAUAAUCAUAUCCUGGCAUUAGAUGUAAAUGGGGUUGUCUAUAGUUGGGGGAGAAAUGAGGCAGGAUAACUUGGGUAGAAUGACUUAGAUCCUGUUUCUUUGCCAAAGGAGGUUGAAUUUUUCAAGAAGUCUCCUGUUGUGCAGAUUUAUGCAGGGGGGGAUUCCUCAUAUGCCAUAACAAAAAAAGGGAGUCUUUUUGCUUGGGGUGAUAAUUCAAAUAAUUAACUCGGUUUGGGAGAUGGAGAUCAUUCUUCGCCAUAAUAGGUGAUUUAGACACCUUGGGACAAUGCAAGAGAGGUGAAAAUAGUAUAUGGGAAAAAUAAUCUGGGUUAUUUGUUUAAUAUCGACAAUAUAACCAAGGAAUAGGAAAAUUAGGUUGUCAAUAUGUAAUUGAAGGAAGCUUAGGAAGAAAUUAUGAAAUUAUAAUAAAAAUUAAAUGAGUAGCAGAGUUUAUCAGCCAAAUAGCCUGCUAUUGUGGAAAAGACUAUGGGUGAAGAUUAAUUACUUAAAAAUAUUCAAACUCAAAUUCAAUCAGCUACUGGACAAUCUAAUUCUUAAGAAAAUACUUUGAAAUAGACGGAUGAAGAAAUUACCUAAUUAGAAAAAGAUUUGCAGAGUAUUAAAUAAUAAUUAUGUAAAAUCUUAAGUGAUUAUGAUAUUAGUUGAUAUAUUUGCUAAAGAAAACGAAUUGAAUAAUUAAAGGGAAGAGGUUGAUAUGUAAGUGAGAAAAUUAGAAAGAAGUGAUUAAGGGAAAUCAGCUGAACAUGAAUUAAAAAUCAAAGAAUAAAAGAGAAUUAAAGAAUUAUUUUAAGCAAAUGACAAUAUCAAAAAUAAUUUAUUAAAAAGGUAAAAUCAAUCAGAAGAAACAAAAUUAAGAAAAUAAGAAGAAUUAGGAAAAUAGAAAGAAAAAGCAAAGGAUUUAUAAAAUCUCAUUUCUCUUUUAAAAAUUGUAGAAACUGAUCGAAAAAUCACAUUAAAGAAAAAGUUUUUAGAGUAAAAUAAAGUUGAUUUAGAGAAGUUUAUGGAAAAGAUAACUCAUUUCUUUAGAGAAAUGUGUGAUUGUAACAUAGCUGAAAUAGCCAAAAAAACAAAUUAGUUAUCUGGAAUGGCCAAUAUUAUAAAAUAAAGUAAUGAAAAAUUAUCAUAUAUUAAAAAUGAAUUAUUGGGAUUCAAGAUCAAUUCUAGCGAUGAAAGUUAUGAGAUUUUAUCGAAAAUUCUAGAUAUCUUAUAAGAUAACCUUAAUUUGAGAAAAAAAUUAAAUGAUUAUAUGGUAGGAGUUAUUAUGAUGAGCGAGGAAAAAACAUAAUAACCAAUUAAGGUGCAAGAGAUUUAGAACUAACAGUAAAAAAAGUUAUAGCAAUUUAUUGAGAAGCAGCAAAAGGAAUUAUAAGAGAUCGGCAGACUGUAAAUAGAUGGAAGAAAAUAUAAGGCGCAAGUUCAAUCAAUAAAUAAUAUGAAGCUAAAAUAAAGAGAUGUAAUUAUAAAUACUAAUUCUAGUUCUGUUUUGGUUUAAUUUGAUA